AUGUUGCAAGGAGGUGGAGCUGUCGGCGAUGUGGCGGAUAAUGCCACCGCUUUCGGCUGUCGAGACUGGGACUUUGCCUGCGUUAUAACCGCUGUUCGGCCUCGUAAUGAGAGCGGAACUAACGUUGCUCAGGCUGCCAUACAAUGGGUGUAUAGCGUCGCCAGGAGCUUGUUGCCCUUGAGCAGCGGAGUUUAUGGUGCCGACCUUGGGCCAGACCCUAGAGACACCGCGCUGGCAGCUAAGGCUUUCGGGCCAAACGGACCGCGCCUGGCCCAGCUAAAACAUAGCUUGGACGUGCACAACGUGCUGGCUUACGCCUGUCCGCUCUCGAAACUGCCGAAGAAACAGAAGCUCAUUAUACUUGUUACGGGAGAAAGCGGCGUCGGCAAGGACUACUGCGCCGACGUUUGGGUUCCUAUGCUCGCUAGAUCUGCCGACCAACCCCGUGAGGUACACAAAGCCAGUAUCAGCGAUGCCAUCAAGCGAGAAUAUGCAGCAGCCACCGGCGCUGACUUGGAUGGUCUGUUAGGGGAUCGGGCUUACAAGGAACAACACCGGCCGGCAUUGACGACAUUCUUCAAAGAACAGAUGCGAAAACAGCCUUGGCUUCUAGAAAAGCAAUUUCUAAAUGUGGUGUCCGGAGCCGCAGAUGCGGAUGUGCUGGUGAUCACUGGGAUGAGAGAUGAGGCGCCUACUGCGACCUUGUCACAUCUAGUUCCGAAUAGCAGGUUACUCGACAUUCGGGUCACAGCUAGCGAAAAGACGCGGCAGACUCGCCGGAAAUGCCAAGCCGGCGACGAUGAUCGACAGGAUAGCCAUGAUUGCGAGGAUGACAAUAGUAGCGAUAAUGGCAGCAAUUGUAAGUCGAAUUCGACGACACUGGACUACUGCCCCAGCCUCGUCUUUGACAAUGGAGCAACAGCAGAUGAGGCGGUAAGGAGGUUUGCCGAUACGUACCUGCUUCCCUUUCUCCAUGGGGACCUGGAGCGACUGGCUAGUAUGGUGCUCCCUGUGCCCGACUUCCCACGCCCAGGCAUCGAGUUCCGCCAUGUGCUCAACAUCGCCCAACAGCAAGGCGGGUUGGCUUUGUGCACUUCUUUGCUACAAACCCACUUCAUAAAUGACUGGGAUAAAAUUGAUCCUUCCUCUGUGGCGGCCGACCUGUACAAUGAAAACGAGGAUAGUGAUGACGGCCUUUAUGGUCAUGCGUCUGAAGAAACCUACGACGAUAUCUAUCUUGAUACAGCCAAUAACUCAACUUAUAACCUGAAUGAAGAUAAUAAUACAUCUAACCGGGUAGAAGAUUUCAAGAUAAUUCACUCUUCUGUUCAAAAUGAGGCGUUAUCGAGAAAUGCAGCCGAGCGCCUCACUUCUACAACCAGCUCUCCGGACUUCACUGCGCAACAGGCCAUGAGCAUCUUCCAACGGAGGUUUACAAUGGACUAUGGCCGGGGAGGAACUGGAUCGAAGCGGGCAAGUGACAAGGACAACUACUUUCCCAUAUUCCACCUCGACAUGAUCAGCAUCGCGCCGUAUAGCUCUAAGCACGCAGUAAGCAGUCUUCCCUUUGACCUGACAAACCGAACCUUCCGACUGGGCACCGGAUCGACUCGCGAGGUGUGGUUCGUGGUAAUGCACCCGAUGCAGAACGACAUGUUCGAGCUGCCUCAUUCCCGAGCCGAGCUGCGGCGACAGAAGGAUGCGACGUAUAUCAAGCAGGUCUUCCUCCUUGGCGAUCUCCUGGGCGAAGGGGCCGAGCCUUCAUGGCGACUGGGCGAGCGACGGUCGCAGCAUCUGACUGGCGAUAAAUGGACAUCUUUCCAAGACUUCUUCAUGGAAGGGUGGUCUAGCUUUGCGUAA